GGGUGUUGUUUGUUUACCUAGGUACAGUACUGUUAAAGUAUAUAAGUUCUCUGGUGGACCUCCAUACCUUGCUCAUUGUCAUGUCCACAUCCAAUCGCAUGCGUUGCACGCUGACUGACAAGUUCUUACUUCAUCAAUUUUGUCCGCAUGAGUAAUGAACCAGGACAUCGCAGCCUGGUAUGUAUGCAGACAAAUAAAGUGCAGCCAGAAAUGGAGACUAACUACAAUCAGGAGAAGCCGGGGGGAUCUCAGGAUGCUCCGAAUCCAGAGCCAGCUCCUGGUAGUGAAGGUAUCGGCUGUUGUGGUUAUGUCCUGAUCUUCUUUUCCUUCCUGAUAGUUCUUGUGACUUUUCCUAUUUCAUUAUGGGCCUGUAUAAAGAUUGUGCAAGAAUACGAAAGGGCAGUCAUCUUUCGCCUGGGAAGAGUCAGGUCCGGAGCUAAAGGACCAGGAAUUUUCUGGAUUCUGCCUUGCACAGAUGACUUUUGCCGACUUGACUUGAGAACUGUGUCAUUUGCAGUCCCUCCUCAAGAAGUUCUCACUAAAGAUUCAGUGACCAUCAUGGUGGAUGCUGUUGUCUUCUAUCGUAUAUUCAAUCCAAUUAUCACAGUAGUCAAAGUGGACAAUGCCAAUCAAGCAACUCAAAUGCUGGCCCAGACCACCCUAAGAAACAUGCUGGGCACUAAGAGUCUCACCGAAAUUCUCGUUGACCGUGAGGAGAUGGCUGACCACAUGGGUAGAGUCUUGUAUGAAGCUACAAAGGAAUGGGGGAUUAAGGUAGAACGUGUAGAGAUAAGGGAUGUGAAAUUACCGUCAUCGCUGCAGAGAGCUAUGGCUACAGAAGCAGAAGCUGCCAGAGAAGCAAGGGCAAAGGUUGUUGCAGCAGAAGGAGAGAUGAAUGCUUCUCGGGCUCUCAAAGAAGCAGCAGUGAUCAUGUCAGAAUCUCCAGCCGCCCUCCAGCUCCGAUACCUUCAGACCUUGUCACAGAUUGCGACAGAGCGGAAUUCCACUAUUGUGUUUCCCAUCCCUGUUGAAUUCUUUGCACUGCUAUCUCGAGCCUAGCAAGGACCAGUAACAAGUCUCAGCAAGACCAUGUUCAUGCCCAAGGUUCUACAAACAUUCCUCAGCCUAAACCCUACCAACAAGUAAAAAGGAACUUUCUAAUCCGUUUCUACUUUGAAAACAGAAGUCUGUUUCCUGCAUCUGCAAUCGGCGAUGGCACCAGUAAUGGACACAAACUAUGGGAACAAACCUUGCCUUUUCUUAAAAACUUUUCAGAUAUGGAACUCGCCCAGGCUGCGUUCGAUGAUCUUUCUUCAUCCAUGUCAUUAUUCUCUUCAUCCAUGUCAUAUUUCUCUUCACAGCACAAGAAUGCACUACUUCUACCCACAAUGGAACACACAGUAAGAAAUCCAAAUAUGGAGGACAUGCUAACCACAAUACGCACACAAACACAAAAAUACUCAUCAAAAAAACUUAAUUGGCCACGUAAGAGAAUACUUACUGUCCUUUCUCGGUCACACAGUUGUUAAUGUUAAUUCAGGAAUGGCCCUUGGUGGUGGGAUCACUGACUCUCGAGGUGGAGAUGGUGGUGUGGUGGGAGAUUAACCCAGGGAAAACUUGGCUGCAGGUAAGACAGACUUGGCUACUUUGGCUUGGGGCCAUACACCCCCCCCCCUCUUUAUUGGGCCUGCCCCUGUAGGGAAGAAAAUGGUGAAUCUGGAGUCUGAUCGAAUCAAGAAAACCUAAAGGAUAAAACUGCAGAUUAUUAAUUUAUCCUCGUAUGGAUUGACUCCAGAUGAAGAAAAAAAAAAUUACGUUUGUGAUUGAGGUUUUGUCUGUAUAAGGAACUAGACCAAUUUGAGAAAGCCAAGGAAUUUUUUUUGUUGGCUAGAAAGCUAACCUUGCAUGUUAUCCAUGACAAAGAUCAUACAUCCCCCAAAUCCUAUCCAGCAGACAUGAAAAUGUAGAAGGGAUUCACAAUAAAUAAUUUCCAUGCUUUACAGGACCUAAUGCUCCUUUUGGGAGGAAAAUAACAUAGAAGUAAGAGAUUCCAUCAGCGAACCUGGUCAAGCUGACUCAAUAUCAACCACAUGUAAUGUUCGUUAUAAAAAUCCCAAACCUUUACAGCUUCAUAUUCAUAUCUAGGCUUUUGUACAAAAAGAUAUGCAUGAUAUCAACAAUUUAAACUCCGGUCUGGAUAACUUAUGAACCUGAAUUAUAGCAAGAAUUUCUCAUACUAUAAAGCCAUCUGAUCAAUGUGGUUAUUUCAAUUGUCAAAACCAUGUUUCGUAUGUGUCAAAAAAAAAAAAAUAUAUAUAUAUAUAUAUAUUUUGAUUUGCUACAAACCCACCCCUGAAAGUAGACCUAAAACUUUCUAAUCAAAAAUAUUAUCAACGGAGCAUUCAAUGAUGGCUUUAUUGAAUAAGACACUAUAGAAAUUCUAAAUGUUAAAUAUCCAAGUACACCAACAUUCUAUGCUCUAUCAAAAGUUCACAAAAAUGUGACAGAUCUUCCGGGUUGCCCUGUUAUCUCAGGCAUAGAAUGGAUUGCGGAAAAAAUGCAAGCAAGUUUACUGAUUACUGACUCUUUAUUACAUCAUUGCCAAGCUAUGUGCAGGACACUAGUGACCUGUUGAGAAUCAUUGAGGACCUACAGAUUGCAUAUAGGGCUUGACUGAUCACUAUUGAUAUAGAGGCCUUGUAUAGCCCAAUUCCCGCAUCUCUGCAGGAUCGUUGUGAUUGAGGAGUUUUUGAAAGAAUUAAAAAUCUGCAUGACCCUGUAAUCCUAUCCAGGAAUGUGUGCAUUUUCAGUGGCUCCCACUUCCUGCAGAUGCAGGGAUUAGCGAUGGGGAAACGUUGUGCUCCAUCAUGAUCUUGUAUCUGUGGGUGGGAGAGGCAGUUAUUUUUUUUGAUCAGGAUAUGACUAUGUACCUGUUCCACAAAUUGUGACACCAGUACAUUGACGAUGUGUUUGUGAUCCGGAUGGGCUCUCGAUUAGAACUCAAUGGAUAUAUGGAAUGGAUUUCAACGUAAGAUUUACCAAAGAUUGUGACCAGAGCAACGUCGUGUUCUUUGAUAUCCAAGUUAUGGUGCAGGAUGAUGGCCACUUGGUCUCAGACUUGUAAAGAAAACCUCGGUCAAUACAAUUUUACAUGCAUCGAGCACACAUCCCAGGUCUCUCAACAGUAUUCUGUAUGGGCAGUACUUAAGGUUGAAAAGAAAUUGCAAAAAAGGAGCAUUUUUUUUUUUUUUAACCCAAUCAAGGGAUUUGUGGAAUCACUCAUGUGUAACUGUUAUAUGCCUCAAAAGGUCUCUCAAAAAGCUAAAAGUAGAACCAAAUAAUCGGAGUCAUGAACAGAAACUUCAACUAGCCACAACGAAUACAAGAAUCAUGUUCUCGAUUUUUGCAACAACACUUGGAAAUUACCAGUAAUUUAUAAUAUUCCAAAUGGACAUUGGUAUUUGCUGACUGAGGACCCUAUAGUGGCAAAAUACUUAGGAAGCAAACCUAAAACCACUUUUAGAUGAGGAAAAUCUUUGUGUGAUCAUCUGACAGUCAUCUUGUCACGAUCUACACAAUUAUUCCAUCAAAACCUUAGGAGAGGUACAUUUAGAUGUGGUACCUGAAAUUUUUGUGAUUUCGAUUUUUGAAGGGCAUUGUAUCACAUUUCCUAUGCCUAAUGGGGAGCGUCGGACUCCAUGUUGCAUAACCCCAAUUGUCAGACAAUUGGUUAUGUUUUUUAUGUUUUGUUCCUGUAAUGCUUUUUAUGUAGGCAAUGCUAAGAGGCCCUUCUGGAAAAGUAUACAAAACCACAUUGAUCUUUUUCAAAAUAGCAAGAUAACCACAUCUGUCAACAGACACAUUGGCCUAUAUCACAGGUUUGAUUCUUUGGUUAUAAAGUUCUAUACAAUAGAACAUGUCAAAAUCCCCAUUGGGGUGACAAUGACACAUGGCUCUUGCGUUUUGGCGACCAGAAUGGAUUUUCAAAUUUGGAAGUCACUAAAAAAAAAACAUUUUAAACUGUUGAGUUACAAUCAUCAAGUUGAUUUGUUCACAUUAUGCAAGUCUAGAAUUUAACAAUAUCUGAACUGUGACAAAAACUGAAUGCUUGGCAACAAAGUUUACCUGAUAUUGGCUUUUUGGUAUGAUUUGAUACUUUUGUAUUAAAGGGGUUGUAAAGGUUUGUUAUUCA